AUGGCAAACUAUCAUUCAAGGACGAUGAAAAUAAUGUCUUUUGUAUCCACAAACGAAUGCCACACGCCAUCUUCCAAUGAAAAUCUUUUGGUUCUGGAUAUUCCAGAAGUGACUAAAAAUUUGUUUGACACCAGUGAAGUUCCGACUUGUUCGGUCACGAGUGAUGUAAUCUAUAAUGACCCUUCUACCAAUUGUCAACAUGUGAAGUCUCCUGGACAGCCCACCGGUCCAUUAGAAUUUGAGAGGGAACUACUCGUAUGUUAUCCCGUAACUAGCAAUAUUUCCAUAUUAGAACACGAAUUCUUGUCUGAAACAAAUAAAAUUCCGUGUGAGAACGAUCCAAAUUACGUUCCUACUGCAGACUCAUCCGGUGCCGACGAACCUAUAGAACCUGCUAGAAAAAGAAGAAGAAGGCAUUUGGUUAAUGAAAAUACGUGGAAGCAAAACAUAAACAAAUCUGAUAGGGAAAGAGGAGAACAAUAUUUAGGAAGAAAAAAAAUUGAUGGUGUCUGGAAGACAACUCCAAAACCGAAAAGAAUGAUGGGGCCCCGCUGUCAAUGCAAACUGUCUAACAAGAAAAGUAACAGUCUGUUAGAAUGUCAGAAACUAACAGAUGAUGACCGAAAAAAAUAUUCUCUAAAUUUUGGGAUAAGAUGA